GGCCCGACGGCUUUCGGGUAUAAGAACCCAACCCUCGCAGGGUUGUACGAACUUCUUUUUCAUAUUUCUUCGCUCCUCUCUCCCCAGUCCUCCUUCAUCACUCACAGUUCGCCGUUUGCACUUAGUAAUGAUGCAAUCUACGAGUUGUUCGGCGUGCGGAGCGUGGCCGCGAUCGUUCGCGGCAGCGUUGUCGAGGAGGCAAUCGCGCUCCCUUGGCGCGUCGAUCGCGCUUUCUUCCCACUCCGUCGACUCUCAGAUAUAUAGAGUGACGUGUUGUUCGUAUAGAUCUCGGAGACGUGGAUAUGGAGGCGUUCUGAAUCUUCGUUCAGUGUCACGAGUUGCUGCCACGGACGAGGAUGGAUCCUCAUUCUCGUUGUUUGAUGAUGUGUUUGAUGAUCAUGAUGAUGGAACCCUUGGAGGAAGUUUGUGCUUGAUGUCAUCAAGUGAAGGAGAAGAUAGUGAUACAGAGAUCAUAAUUAAUACUUCUGGGGAUGUAGACUACCACAGGAACAAUGCCUCUGACGUCUCUGGUUCAUAUUUGGAAACAAGUAGGCUUGCAAAUCUUAGAAUAAGAACUAAACACAAGAGAACCUAUCUUGGAAUACUGAAUAAUUUGGGACUGAUUAUAUUUUUGGUUGGGAUCCUAUUUCUCUUUGAUGUAUGUGCAUGGCGGAUUGUGAGGCUACCAUUGGCACCAUUUUUCUUGACAGGCCCUUUCUUAGUCGCAGCUUGUUUAGCAUCAUUUGCUGGAUUCUUUUGUGUGCCACUGUUCCAUGUUUUAAAGAUUCAUCAAGUAUUGAGGGUAGAAGGGCCUGACAUUCACCUAUACAAGAAGGGAACUGCGACAAUGGGUGGCUUAUUUUUCAUUCCAGUUGGAAUUAUAGUUGCUGGAGCAGCAUCUGAUUUUUCUUCCAUUGAAGUUUUUGGGGCAGCUGCAGCAACCAUUGCUUUUGCAGCAAUAGGGUUGCUUGAUGAUUCCCUCAUUCUUAUGAAGAAACAUAAUUAUGGGUUGCCUGCACCGAUUAAGAUAAUAUUAGAGGUAGCUGCUGGUACAUCGUUUUCCUUCUGGCUGAAUUCAACAAAUGUAGCAUCACCAUACAGCAUGAAAUUUUUGCUUCCUUUGCCGGCACCAUUGGGCCUUUUGUGUAUUGGGAGGCUUUACCUGCUUCUUGCUACAUUCUGUUUUGUUUCUAUGGCAAAUGGAGUGAACCUUACAGACGGUCUUGAUGGCCUUGCUGGAGGAGUAGCGGCACUGACUUUCGUAGGGAUGUCUAUUGCUGUCCUUCCAAUAUGUCCUGAUCUAUCCGUAUUUGGAGCAUCAAUGUCAGGGGCAUGUAUAGGUUUUCUCAUGCACAACAGAUAUGAAGCAUCAAUAUUUAUGGGUGACACUGGGUCUUUAGCACUUGGUGGCGCAUUGGCUGCAAUGGCUUCCUGUACAGGAAUGUUCUUUCCACUUAUUAUCUCAUCUGUCGUGUUCAUUGCUGAAGUACUCUCUGUCCUCAUACAGCUUGGUUUCUACAGGCUUACCAAACGCUUCUAUGGAGCAGGAAGGAAGUUGUUUCGUAUGGCACCUGUUCAUCACCAUUUUGAAUUAUCUGGUUUCAAGGAGCCUUCUAUUGUUGCAACUGCCUACGUUGUGUCGGGCAUCUUUGCCCUAGUUGCUGGGUAUGUAGGUCUUAUUUCUGCAUAAAUGCUUUUCUACCGACACAGAGAAAGAGAUGCUUACUACGUAACAGGGUAAAGUUGUUUGACUUUUGAAUCUCCUCAACUCAUGGCAUUUUUUAUUUUAGAUUAUCUUAAUUUUUUUUUGGCUAAACUAUCACCCGAGUUACAGAACCCAAUCUCUUGUUAA